CGCUAUAAAUCACACAAAACGUAAGGACUUCUUCUCACUGACUUCUGUCAACUUCAUUGGCUAAAUAAACGAGAUGUUGGGAUGGAUAUGGCAGAUGGUUAAUUAACCCUUUCGUGUCCCUGACGCACUGCUUUGGUGGCGAUGCUUUGCAGUUUGCACUGGAGGUGUCCUGCAUCAUUCAUCUGUUCAAUCAAAUCGUGCUGUAACCCGCCAACAUCCAGGAGCCUUCCAUGGAUAGAUCCACACUUACCCAACAGGUGGAGAGCGUUGAGCGUAAUGUAGCAUUUUUGCAGCAGGAACACCGGAUCCUCCUUAGCGGUCUACGGCUAGAGAUCCGCAACCUGAAGAAACGAUGCAAUGAGCUGAGUUGUGAACUAAGUGAAAGACCACCAGUAAGAAGCCGAGAAGAUAUCGAACUGGAGGAAGAGCUUCUGCAGGCACAAUUACUAGAGACAGAGCAGCAUCUGGCUGAGCAGGAAAGCACGCUGGUGGAGCUGCGGGCGGAGCUACGGAAAAAGGGGGCACUUGCGAGCGCACUGCAGGUUCGACUUCGAGAUGAAGAGCGGCGAUUCCUAGAAGAGCUAAAACGACGCAGUCAUAAGAUUACAACGCUGAGUCGCGACCUCCGCAAGCAGACUGACCUGGCCGCUCAGCUCUCCUUCCAACUGCAUUCAGCACAAUUUCGAUUGUAUCACCAGGCAGAAGACUACGAGGAAGAGGAUGAAGAAGAAGAGGAUGAAGGAGGCACCAUGCAGGAAUCAGAAUGGACUGCAAAAUCUCCAGUAACGGCGGAAAGUCCACGUCAAAGCCGAGCUUCAGGAAGGGUGCGGAGAUCAGAAAGAGUGAGGGAAUGCGUGCCCCGCGAAAGGGUGCUUGGGCCCCAAGAGGCGCGCCCCAUGCCUGACCCCGCCCUUUUCCUUUAUCCUUUCAGACAUAGGCUCCUCCCCUUGCACAGGUCACUUGGAGGUCACUGGAGAGAAGGUGGCCUUUCAAGGAUGCCAGAAGCUCGAAUAGGUAGAUUCAGAGAACGACCACUGAGGGAGGACAUUGGACCAGAGACAACUGAGUUAUAAAGGGCAACAGUGCCCUUUAUUCAAUGGCCUUGGUUCUGGAGGGAUUUUUCCAAUUCAUUUUUCCUAUAGAGUUUUUUUAAAGGUGCUGUAUGCAAUUUUUUUCACUGUACUAAAGCGUAAAAAUACCAUAAUAUGUUUGCAGGUAUGCAGGAAA